AUGUUAGGCAGGUGUAGUUUCCUCAGCCUGGCUGUUCUGGCAACCAUCUCUUUGGUGGUUCCCAUCUCACACGGCAAAAAGAUCUUCUGCUACUACAGCAGCUUUGCGCAGACGCGUCAGGGGUUGGGCAACUUCCUGCCAGAAGACAUUGACCCCCAUCUAUGUACGCACAUCAUCUACGCCUUUGUGGACAUCACAGCUGACGGGCGUGACCUUCGACCUUUCAACCGAAAUGAUCAAGGAGCCAAAGCGGAGGACACCGGCAGAGACAAACUGUUGCUGACCAUCGCCACAGCCUCAGGCACGUACUACAUCAACCAGAGCUAUGAGCCCGAGAAGAUCAUCAACUACCUGGACUUCAUGCUGCUGAUGACGUACAACUACCACGGCCAGUGGGAGAAGAAGACUGGACACCACAGCGGCCUCUGGUCACACCCUAAUGACCCGCAGUGGGGGGAGAAGGCGCAGCUGUAUCAGAGUACGCUAUUCAAGAUGUCAAACGACUUUGUACGGUUCUAUCGUGGGAGGACGUUCAUUUCAAAGAUUCCAGCUCUUAAUCAACCUUACAGUGUUGAAAAUGGCGUUAACCAGUGCAAUACUAUAACUCCGUAA